CGUCACAACUUCCACCCUGCUGAGGUCACAACUUCAUUAGCAUAUUCAGGCAGCGCUCGGCCAAUGAGGAGCUCGCCAUCCGGUGACGCCUGCCUGGUCCAAGUGUAUUAAGAGUCCCGCACGGAGCCAGAGCUGGACUAGCCAAGGAACGGGGAGAAGGAGCGGCGGGACGGCGCCUUCUAGCACGCCGGAGUCUUAAAGGGGCCGCCCUCAAACAAAGAGAGAGACAGAAAAAGACCCAUUCCAUUUCCUGAAUCCUCCCAAAGCAAUCAUGAGCCAAACCCAGCGCUGGAAUGGGAGCUGCGUGGCCAGCUGCAGCCGGGCGGACAUGGUGCCCGAGAUCGCCGCCGCCGUGGGCUUCGUGUCCAGCCUGCUCCGGACCCGCGGCUGCGUGAGCGAGCAGCAGCUCCAGGUCUUCAGCGGGGCUCUGGAAGCGGCGCUCACAGAACAUUACAAACAUCACUGGUUCCCUGAAAAACCCUUCAAAGGCUCUGGCUACCGCUGCAUCCGUAUCAACCACAAAAUGGAUCCCAUCAUCAGCAAGGCAGCCUGCCAGAUUGGACUCAGCCUCCAGCAGCUCUAUCAACUCCUGCCCAGUGAACUCACCUUGUGGGUGGACCCUUAUGAGGUAUCCUACCGCAUUGGUGAGGACGGAUCCAUCUGUGUCCUCUAUGAAGCGUCUGCGGCACCUGUGAGCUCCUAUGGGAUGCUCACCUGCAAAAACCAGAUGAUGCUGGGGCGCACCAGCCCUCCCAAAAGCUACAUGAUGACAGUUUCCAGCUAAACACUCCCGGUUGUCCGUACACUGCCAAGACCUGGGCUACUGUAUACCUCACCUGAGGAUGUAUUUUUUAAAAAAUGAAGAGCUAUUUAUAUUUUUUUAAAAAAGAGAAAAAUCCAAAAUGAAAUCCAAUAGCAGGCACCACUUUUUCUGUGGAGUGGUGUUGAGGUGCCUUUAAAAAAAAAAGCUGUUGCAAGCUUCUAAGUUUAUUAAAAAAAAGAAUGCCAAUAUCUACCUAAUUAGUGUUGGAUGACAAUUCUGGAAGGUUGAUCUGCCUAUUUGGGAAAUGCAGGGUUGAAAAUAAGUUGGAGACGGGCAGGGCACAGCACUUUUCAGGAAUUACUCGCUAUGGGGGUAAACGUGUCAACAACUGAAUUUGGAGGCCGCAGUGCCAGGAUGAUAGUACUUCACUGAUCAUUCACAUACAUUGAUUGGGGUGUCAUGACCUCAUUCUAGCCAUGGUGCUUCUGUUUUCUCAAAAGCUCUUUCCUCCUUAUUACACUGAGGAGUUGCUUCAUCACCAGGUUCAAUUUCUGUCCCAAUCUGAGCAAUUUCUUCCACUCUUUUCAUGGCAUAGGAUUUUGCCUAAAGCACCAGUCUCUGUUAUAGCCAGUCCUUGGUCCAUUGGGUGGUAGGUUUCUAAGUACCAACCCGUCAUACUUUUAUUUGCACAAAACCAUUAUACUUUCUGCACUUCAUCCUUUAUUUCACGCUCGUACACAAACUCAGUUUGCAUCUGUAUGUGGUAGUAGUUUCUGAAAUUAGGAGGGACAUUUAUUUGGCAAAGAGAUCCAGGAUUUGUGCUGCAUAGCUGUCUAGCCUGUUACUCUAGCAGUCAGCUCCCAUAAACGAAGUGCAAUAGUCAAGCUAAUAUGAACUCAAUCUACCUGCUGGGAAAAUGCCUUUACCAGGCUUUUGUCUGUUUUACUGCCUUUAUCUUGGCCUUUUAAACUUCCUGACAAUGCUGCCAGUAACUGCUGAGAAGUGAUUAUGAAACCUAGGGCACUUAAAAGCAUUCUUCUUUUGAAAAGAAAGAAAACACCACAACCAUAUCUUGGCUCUGCUUGGAUAACAUGGUUUUGGUUAGCUAUGCUCCUGCUUUUCAACCCAUCUCCAGUGCUGCUUUUCCUUUUCCUUUGUGAAUUGAGUUCUCAGACACCGUGCAAUAUGUUUCCUAAAAAUUGGGCACUCUAGAGGAGGAGCAGGCUUUUUUGGGGGGGGGGGAUCAGUUUCCUGUUCUUUCGGCAACAAGCCCCUUUUCUUAAGCACAGCUCAUAUGACGCCUAAAUUGGGAAAUGACAGUCCCAAUGACAUACCAUUGGAGUAGAGCUGAGUAAUGUAUUCUGGAUUACAACUUCCAGAAUCUGCCAACCAGUGUGGCCUUGGGGAUUUGGAAAAGCUAAUCCUAGGAAGUAACUUUUCAAGCCCUGCAUUUAAGGGGCAUGAUGGCCUUUUGUAUGGAAUAGAUGAAACACCUUAUAUAUAUAAGGGGCAUGAUGGCCUUUUGUAUGGAAUAGAUGAAACACCUUAUAUAUAUUUAAAGGCAUAACUUGCCAGAAAUAUGCUCCACACUGAAAUGAAUGUGCCACUGAACAAGAGGAUUAGCAUAUGCUCUUGAAAAGUUCUGAUUCAUUUCAAUUGGGUUUGCACAGGUAAACUGAAUUGUACUCCUAGAUUUCUAACUUGAAACAUUUGCAGCUGCAUCAGCCCAUCUGUGAAUUGUGUACCCUCUCCCAGCUCAAUAUGUGAAGCUCUAGUUUUAAGGCACAAAACUUCCUUUCAGAAAAUAACAGUGGUUGCAACUCAAGUGUCCCCUAUAAAUUAAAAAAAGUGUUGCCACUCCGUUAGCAUAAUUGUGCAAUAUUUGGCAGCAUAACAAGGGGAACACUUUCUGCACUGUAGCUUCCCCUUCUGUUCAAAGUCUGCUUGGAAGCUUUGUUUCUUAUCUGAUGCAUUAAAACCUGAUAUGAAUAGAAAUUGUAACAUAUCCAGGAAAAAUGUUUGCUUUGCUACACUCCCUGCCUCUACUUGUUUCCCAAAUGCCAGUGACGUGCUUGGCUUGCCAGAUUGGCAUGAUCAACACAACUUUAUUUAAAGUUAUUUUGAUAAUCAUGGUCCUUCCUUACCAUCGAAGGGUGCUUUAAAAACAAAACCAAAUUUUAAAUCCACUUCUAUUUUUUCCUCCAAUGUCUGUAAUAUGAAGGGUGGUUGAGGAAACACCAAAUAUCAUGUUAUUUAUCUGGCAUGGAAUCUAGUAUUAAGAUUGUUUUUGUUGUUAGCAUUCAGACAACCAAAUUUGGGCAGAAUCUGUUAUGUAACUUGUGCACGUGAAAACUGUGAAUUUGAUGUCUGCUCUUUGUUGCCUUUGAAUUACAAACCUGACCCAAUGAGUACUGAAGAACUGUGUCUUAGGAACAGCCUAUGAGAGUGCGUGAGUGUGUGUCCUUCUUCUCCCCCUCUUUUCAAAAACGUUUGCAAAACUUGAGCUGGACUGUUGAACGGGAUCUAGUUUCAUAACAAAUAACAAAGUUUGUAAGCUAUUUUGUGUCGGGGAGGGAAGAUGAUUGUACCAUAGUGUUUUUAUAUGCAAAAUGUACAGAUAUACUGGGAAAUGUACACUUUUGUUACUUUAAUAAAAAUGUAGCAAUUUAAGUAUGUUGCUGGAAAGA